UUCUCAAUUUGUUAGAGGAUCUUAAUGGUUAGAUAUAGAUAUUUCAAAUAACAAUCUGUGUAUUGCGUUAUAAGUUAACUUUGAUGAUUAUUCAAAACAAAACAAAGAUGUUUACAAAUACAACUUUUAUCAGUAGUGAUAAUCCGACACAUUUUACUGCUUGACCACAUAAAAAAAACCACUGAACAAUACCGAAUUAACAUUUUGUAGUGAAAUGAUCCUAUCGUGAAAUCCUAAUUAGUUGAAACUAGUUUGAUGAUAAUUUAUAAUUAUGCAGACUUAUUUUUUCUUUGAUUACAAAGUAGAACAUCUACUCUUUUAUGGAUUUUCGAGCAAUUCUCCCGAAGGCCUGGUGGGAAUGUGUUUAUUUAUAGGAGGUAUUUCUUUUCUGUUCGAAUUUUUAAGAUUCAUCCAAACCAUACAAAAACAGAAAGAGCUGAAAUUGAGAGUAAAGCAAUUGAAGCUGUUAUGCCCCACCGAAAGUGCAGCUUUGAUUGCUGAGAGUGUUACUAAUCCAAGGAAUCCUCUAAAUAUCACUCUUUUUGACAGAGCACUUAUGUUUGGUACAGAGAUAUCACUAUGGCUGCUAUUGCAAAACCUGGGUUAUUUCAUAAUGUUAGCAGUGAUGAUGUACAACACCUGGUUCUUGGUGUCCGCGUGCAUAGGCGGGGCCAUAGGUUAUUUUAUUUUCGGACAGAAGUUCAUGAAAAUAAACAUAGAGAACUGUCAAAUGAUGAGAGAUGCAUUUUGUAUACAUAUGUGUAGUGACAUGCCAGAUAAUACCAAUCAGCGAGAGGGUGAAUCCACCCCUGCAGCGCCAACCCCUACGACUUCGCAUAACGAUCUCGACAAUCAGGGAAAAAAUAAAAAUCUCACCAACAAUCACGCAGAUGUGGAAGUUGAAGUACAGUGUCAUUAAUUUCUUUUUAGUAAUUUGUCAUGGUGAUUGGGAUAUUGGGUUUUUACAAUUUUGUUGCUUGUUGUUUGAUUUGUAUAUAAUAUAAUCAUUCUAAUAUGCUAAUAAUAUGAGUUGCUACAUAUUGACUAUGCCUAUUAAUUAAAAAAAAAAUAUGUCGAUAGUGUAACUUUUUUUUUAUUAAAUUAUUCGUUUAUUGCGUUUUGUAAUUCUCAAUUUUGAAUAUUAAAUGUGAUAUAUAAAGAAAUAAUAUAUUAAUUUCUAGUAAAAUAUCAACUUUUUCGUCCACACUGUAUAUUAUUAUAUUAUGUAUAUAAAGAUGGCGAUAAAAUUGGAAGAAAUUACUAGCUUUUAAAAAUUAAGGUUAAAGACUUUUUUAUAUAUAAAAAAAAAACAUUUUAAUUGGAAAGAAAACAAAAAAGAUGCACAAAAUGACACCAGGAUCAAAUAAUUUCGAAAAAAAUGCAAUUUUUUUGGUUUCAUUAAAUAAUAUGGCAGUAUGGUCCACCCAACAAAAAUAUUGAUAUAAAUACAUGAAUUAGGGUAGGUAUUGGUUUCUCAAUUGGUAUUAGAUUGUGAUAUUAAUAUUAUAAUAAGAGUGUAAAUAUUUUUUUUUUGUUAAUUAAAUUGGGCAACUUCUAUUUGAUCCAUUUGUUUAUUUACAAUAAUUUAGUUUUUGUAGGCAAGUUCAUUUCUAUGUAGUUUCUAAAAUAUUGUUUCUUCCGAAAUAUUAUAAGACAUAAUUAUGUACAACUAGUGAGUCUGAUGGUAUUUAGUAACAGCAACCAAUCGGGAGCUUGAAAAUCUAAAAAUACAUUUCGUUAUUUUUUUUAUAAAUCUUGAAUAUUUUGUAAGCAUCAUUUAUUGUAUCAAUGACGUAACAAAGCUUUCAGAGAAGUAAACAAAAGCCUAAGAAGGCUGCUGUCCUCCUCGAUCGUGUCAGAAAACAGCAAAAAUGGGCAGAUUUUUAGAAUGCUUGUGCUAUGUCCCGGAGAUGGGAGCGGUCAUGUGACAUGUGAUAAUCAAAUUAAGUAUGCUUCGAUGGAUUUUUGCUUUUUUUUUGGCCGGCAAUGAAAUAUAAUAAUGCUUUCAGGUGUUUAAAGCAAUAAAGGCAUUUUCUGUUAUCCGAUUUUGCUAUUUCCGGUGUAAAAAUUCCGGUCACAUGAUCAAAUAUUUUCCUUUUUCUGAACCUAAGAUUUUUUUGUGUUGGCGAAAAAGUUAAUAUAUUUUUUUUUAAGUUACCUGUUUUUUAAGUAAUCGUAAAAUGUUUGUAUGACUCUAAACUAAGGGAAUUGCCCUUGCGGGAAUUCAGCCAGAAAAAAAGUCGAAUGGGUUAAAACUACGAAAUAAAAAAUUCUUGGCAGUGCAAUAUUCAGUGGCAUAACUAUCAUAAUAUAUGGUAGUUCGAGGUUUAUCCACGAGGGCCCGCGAUUUUAGGGGCCCAUUCUGAGCUUGUUUUGUUUUAACGCCCUCACAAUCUAAUCGAAUAACAAUAAACAUUUAUUUUAAAAUUCGUAAUAAAACUAUGUAUUAUUAUUAUUAUUAUUAUUGUUAAGAACAGGCAAGCGACAUAGUUGGUGAAGCUGCUCUUUUAGUUAGUGGCAAAAAUUAUUCGCCUUGAACUGGUUUAUGUUCUGAGCUGAGACCAUAUAUUAUUCCUGGAGACCAUUUGACAAAUAUACAGUUCCGUUUGUAAUAAAAUGUGUUUGCACUUUAUUACACUUUUCUUUCUUUAAUUGCUUUGUGUGACCUCUCAAGGUUCUUGUUGUGCUGGCCUUGAAGACGUUAUUAUAGGUGUAACAUACGCUGGUCCACUUGUAAGUUUCUAUAAAAUCUCUAGUUCUUCUAUCCCUUAAACUUGAAAGUUGUAGUUUGGUUAGCCGAUCAGAUUACUCAUUGUUUUGUAGGGUUGGUGGUAUUUUGAUGACUCUCCUUUGUACUCUUUCUAGCAGUUUAAUGUCUAACGAAGUAUAGAUUCUAAACGGUAUGUGCAAAUUCUAUUUUUGGUAUUAUGUAAGUUAUGCACAGUUUGAGGAUCAUAUGGUCUUUAAAAGCUCUUUUGAAACGGUAAAUGAGACUGUUGUCUUUGGUCACUAUAUUACCAAUGUGCGUUUCUUAUUUUAAGUCUUUAGAUUUGAUUACACCAAGAUUAUUUUGUGUUUCGACUGGAGUUUUUGUGUUUGUAUCUAUGUGUAUGGGGAUUAUUUGGACCAAUGUGCAAUACUGUACACUUAUUUAUGUUGAGGGGCAGUAGUCGUUGCUGGGACCAGAUUCCUAGAGAGCUUUCCGAUAGCUUGCAGUAGAUCUUUCUGACGUCUGCAUAAAAGUUGGCCUUGGACUCUGUGAUUUUGCAUAAAUCGCUGAUGUAUAAAAUAAAUAAUAGGGGACCCAAGACCCGAACCUUGUGGUAUUCCAUUUUCUACUGGAUGGUUGUUUGACAACUGUUCAUUUAUUUUUACGCAGAACUGAAGAUUAAAUAAUAAACUCAAUCUACAAUAAUAGAUUGCAUCUUAUUACAAAGUGUUCCAGUUUGCUAAGCAAUCUUCUAUGUCUUUAUCAAAAGCUUUCUCAUAAUUUAGAUAUAUUACAUCAAUUGGCUGGUUGUUUUCAUUCCAAGCUGUCCAGUAGUUAACUGCACUUUAGAUUUAUAACAACAUAUAUUUUUGCCGUAAAUCCAUGUUGAUUCCAAUUAAUAAGGGAUUGUAAGUCAUUAUUAAAAUUCUAAUUAUUUCUAAAACAUUUAAAUUUCUCGAUUUUCUUGGGAACUUUUAUAAUCAAGUUGCAAAAUGUAAGUUGAUGAUCGGUUACAGAAGCAAAUCAACAUGCUUAACAUCAUUGAUAAUUAAAUUAAGAUUAGUAAUACAGACAAUAUCCAAUAGAGUGGAUGAUGUCAUAUAUUAUGAUUCGCCAAGCUUUUUAUCAAUUGAUUUUAACAUGUAGUCGAAGAUUUAUAAGAAUCUUUGUUACUUGAUAUUGCCAGAUAUCCAGGAAUAUUCCAGCAAAUGAUCUUAUACCUUAACUAAUAGUGUUUUUGUUAAUUUUGAGUAUAUACUUUUAAAGUUAAUAGGUGUGUGGGUUAGAAAUACUUUUUGAUUCAGGUAUUUAUAGGAAUUAAACAUAAAUACUACACGAUAAAAAAAAAAUAUUAAAAUUAUACACUUUUUAAAUACAUUUUCUAAAUGAAUUUUGUUGAUAAAUGAUGGGAAUUUAAUCAAUUGUUAUUAUUUACACCAUAAACACAUGUAAAAAAAUGUAUUUAAAAGAUAUACACUUUAAGGCGGUGAUGCGUUUUUUUGUCACUUAGUAUUAUUGGUAGAGUAUAAAGAAUUAUGAUUUAAAUUAAUGAUGUUUCAUAAAAACAUUGACUGUUUAUUUUAUAUAGCGCUGGUUGAGACUGCUUUAUCUUUAUUUUUGUUGUUUUUAUCAUAUGUUAUUUACAAGUUUAUUUACACAAGGAGUGUUGUUUCAAAUUUUGUUAAUAGAUUGUUUUAAAUCGUCCCUUAAAACUAAGUGCCUUAAAGUAGAUAUAACGGUUGACCGAAAGUCUUCCCUAUACCUGAAUUUCUAUUGAAUGUUUGAGAUUAUAUAAUGUCACUUGUGAAAUAAUUAUUUUAUGUUACCCGUUGUUAUAUAAAGGGUUUAUUAUAUAUUUUACAGAUAGGUAUAGCAAUAAAUAGACAAAAUGUAUAUUUUAUAUAAAGUUGAUAUUUCAAAAAUAUUUUAAAGAUAUAUUUUUAUGAGUUUUCUGAAUGACUCAUUCGUUUGAAAUUCAAUAUUAUUCAAAAAAAAUUAUGCAAAGUGUUUUUAAAAUACAUGAAAAUUGAUUAAUAUUUGAAUUUUCUCAAGCGCACAAAAAUAAUUUUUAAAUAUACUCAUUAAAAAAAGGUCGUAGUAAUUUCUAUUGGAUCACCCAGUACAUGUAUCUUAAACACAUUCUGUAUAACUAGUCAUAUUGCUUAUUUUGAAAGUAUAUUUUGUUAAGUAGUUGUAUGGAAAUAAUAAAAAUGUACAUUUUUAAAUGGAUUUUUAUUGAUCAUAGUCUACUUCAGAGAAACAUUGAAUUUGGGAAUAAAAAAUUGAAAACAGGUAAGUGUGUCGAAACAAACAAAAAUUUCAUGCACUGACAUCUUUCAGGGAAGCCAUUGCAAAAAAAAACGAAUAAAAUGAAAACAAAAAAUUCAAAAGUUCGCCCUAAACAGAAGAGGGGUAUUAGGAAAAUGAAAUGUCU